UCCACCCAGAAAGAGCUGGAGAUCACCAGAGAGAGAGAAGGAACGGGAGGGCGAGGAAGGGAGAAUUUAACCCAUCCGAACAAGGCUUGAAACGGAUAAGCACGCCACGUUUAGACGAAAGAAGGACGUCUGCCACGUUCCCCCCCCUAUUAACAUCCAUUUCCCCCCGUCGCUUGGCGAGACACGUCGAUUUUUAUCAGUUAUGGCCCAAGAGACAAACCAGAGUCCGGUGCCCAUGCUAUGUGCCACAGGCUGUGGUUUCUAUGGCAACCCAAGAACCAACGGUAUGUGCUCUGUAUGCUACAAGGAACACCUGACACGGCAGCAGAGCAGUGACCGGAUGAGCCCCCUGAACCCUAUGGGCUCAACUUCUAGUCCUACCUCAGAAGCCUCUGCAAUCCAGAGACUAGAAGCUAGUCUAGCUAAAGUUGAUGCCUCCCCUGCCUCCUCGCCAGACAUGUCUAGAACUGUUCAAGGAUCGCUUCCUGUGACACAACAAAUGACAGAAAUGAGCAUCUCAAGAGAGGACAAGCCUGAAUCCCUAGAACCUGUUGUAACCCAGCCAGCUGCCUCUAUCCCAACUCCGAUAGCUUCUUCCAGCAGUGAUGAUAGCAAAGAUGACUCGUCCAAGCCCAAGAAGAACAGAUGCUUCAUGUGCCGCAAGAGAGUGGGCCUUACAGGAUUUGACUGUCGCUGUGGAAACCUCUUCUGUGGUAUUCACCGGUACUCCGACAAGCACAACUGCCCCUACGACUACAAGGCUGAAGCAGCUGCCAAGAUCCGUAAGGAAAACCCUGUGGUGGUGGCUGACAAGAUCCAGAGAAUAUAAAUCUCGCAAGGCAAAUGAUGCAAGUGGCAGUGAUGAAGAUAACACUUUUUUUUUUUUUUUUUUUUUUAAGACUGAAGUGUUUCACCUUUGGAAUUGAGCACUGGCAUUUGAGGCUAAGUGAGGAUGGAAAGGACUUGAUUUACAAAAUUAAAACCUCAAGAAAAAGAAAAAAAAAUCCUGUCUGAGGGAGAUGCAUGAAUGAUCACUUUGCUCCCCUUUUAAUUCAUUCUUUUGUUAGUUUUUAUCCUAUUUUCUGUGGUGUGACUUUUUCUUCCCAAGAAUACAUAUUGUCUUAUAUUGAGAAGCCCAGAGUAAAUGUCCAAGAUAAGCUGCGCGCCUCUCACCUUAACCAGGCAUACUGUGCCAAACUGUAGACCGCCAUUCUUGCCCAGACCCUGUCAUGUGUCAGACACUGAUUCCAGAGUUGACUGUCCCCCAAAAUGUUGCACAAGGGGUUCUGUUACUUUGUCUCUGUCUUUCCUGGCUUUACCUACCUCAAAGUUGUUCCAUUCGCCUCGUCGCCCGCCCCCCCCCCCCCCCCCCCCCCCCCUUUGUCCCUAUGUGCUCAUCUGCUGUGACCUUAGCAGAGCAACAGGUCACCUCCAAUCCGCCUCAGUGACCCCUCUGAUCAGCAUUCUUAUGUUGACUGAUUGGUUUGAUUGUGAUGAGGCUCAUUCUUGUUUAAUCAUCGAGGUAUAGUGCAGGACAGGGACAAACAUACUUUCACUGAUGUAAAACCCUAGUGGUGGGCAUUAAGGGUGCAUGCACGAGAGUGACAGGCUGAAAGGAUGGAGGAUUCACAGCUUAUAGUUGAAUGAAUUGGAUUUAUGCAUACAGAAGAGUUUCCUGAAAAUAAGCCCUCAGUGUAAUUGAGUUGCAGGCAUUUUUACUUGCUCAGACAAUUAUUAUGUUAGAUCCCUUCACAUCAAUCUUGUUUGCUUGGUGGUGCAUGUAUUCAAGGCAUAUGUGCACCAUACUUUAGUCUUUGUUUUUUAUUGAUUUAAGUGCGCUAACACAAUGUUCAUGUGGGCAAAGUGUGUGUGUGAUUGUUGAGAAACAAGGUUUAUCAGCACAUGUUUACAGAAAAAUACAGGAGCAUGCAAGAGCUAGAUUUAAAUUAAAUAAAAUAUACUAGACUAUCAUAAUUAUAUGUAGUGUGCGUGUUGUAUGCAAGGUGUUUUUUCAUGGCUGCCUGACACAUUGUACGUAUGUGAUUUUUGUUAAUCUGCCAGUGUGUUCCAUUUAAGACAACCAUGUAUCCGUUUGAUUUUUUUCCUCCUCUUUUCGAUUCUUAGUUAUAUGCAAAUUUGUACAAAAAAAAGAAAAAAAACUUGAUAUUUAUGUAUUGCAUAUAAUCCUGCUAUCCAGCAUUACCACAGAAUAGUAUCAUGUAAAUAAAACUGUACAGAGAGACAUUAGCAA